GUGGAGCCGGGGGAGAUAUGCGGCGUCGUCGGCGCGAACGGGUGCGGGAAGACGACGCUCGUGCGAGCGCUGCUCGGCGAGCGGGACGCGAACGGCGUCGGCUUCGGCGUCGCGAUGGGAGUCACGGUCGGCGCGCUGGAACAGACUGCGACGAGCGGAAGCAAAUUGAUGGUGUUCGAGGAAGCGACGUCGAGGAUGACGCACGUGCGAGACGCGGAAGCGGCGGUGGAGCGGGCGACGCGCGCGUUGGCGGCGGAUGAGGCGGGCGCGGCGGCGCGGUUGGCGGACGCGCGGGAGAGAUACGACGCGGUCGGCGGCGCGACGGCGGAGAAGCGCGCGUCGAGCGUGCUGAAAGGACUUGGGUUCAGCGAGGCGGUGAUGCGGGCGCGGUGCGACACGCUGAGCGGGGGAUGGCAGAUGCGAGUCGCGCUCGCAAGGACGCUGCUGUCGCCGGCCGGAGACUCUCGCGAGGCGGGCGUCAAGGGCGGGCUGUUGCUGCUGGACGAGCCGAGCAAUCACUUGGAUGGCGACGCGCGGGCGUGGCUCGUGAAUUGGAUCAAAUCGUACGCCGGCACGGUGGUGUUGGUGUCCCACGACGAGGAAUUGCUCGCGUGCGUGGAUCGCAUAGUCGAAGUGCGCGGCGGAAAGUUGGGCAAUUUCAAGGGCGACUACGCGCGGUUUCUCAAGGAGAGAGAGGCGCGACGCGCGCAAGCGCUCUCGUCGCUCGAGAAAGAGGGACAAAAAGCGGCUAAAUUGAAUGAGUUUAUCACGAAAUUCGGCGCCAAGGCCACGAAGGCGUCCGCGGCGAAGUCCAAGGCGAAAGCCCUCGACAAGGUGCAAGAAAAAAUCGAAGACUUGACCGAACUCGCGGGAGAAGGCGAUCUGGGAGAAGGGCCGGGUGACGCUAAAAAAGUCGUCUUGAGACUUCCAAAUCCACCGCAAGGCGCGAGAGAAAUUCUCAUCGCGAAAGAUUUAGCCGUCGGCUACGCAGCCGUCGGCUCGACGUUGGUCACCGACGUCAACGUGACCGUGACCAAGGGCGACCGGUUACUCGUCAUCGGACCGAACGGCGCCGGCAAGUCGACGUUCCUGAAAACGAUCGGCGGGGAGUUACCCGAGAUGAGCGGAACGGUCGAGCGCGGCGAGGGUUGCGUCGUGGGAUACUUUUCGCAAGACUUGGCGCAGCAGCUGCCCGCGGAGGUGGACGCGUUGACACACGUGCUCGACGUCGCGCGCAAGGUUGAUAAAUCGAUUACGAUGGAGCGCGCGCGCGGCGUUCUGGGCGCACUCGGCAUCACUGGUUCCGCAGCAGUCGAUCGCACGAUCGGCAGUCUGUCCGGCGGCGAAAAAGCUCGAGUCGCCUUGGCCGCGUUCGUGCUGAAACCGGUCAACGUGUUACUCCUCGACGAAGCCUCGAAUCAUUUAGACGGCACCGCCAUCGAAGCCUUGUGCGAUGGAUUGCGCGGGUGGGAAGGCGCGGUGAUCGCAAUCACGCACAACCCCGCCUUCGCCGCCGCGCUCAACCCCACGAUCGUC